CUUUGUUAGUUAACGAGCUUUUUUUACUUGGUGACCAAGCAUAAAUGGGCGAUAUAAACCCUAAAGCUUUUCCUUGUGCAAGAUCUGAGCUGAGCGUUGCCAUACUUGACUUAAUAUCACAAGCUUGUAACUACAAACAAUUAAAAAAGGGAGCAAAUGAAGCUACCAAAUGUUUAAAUCGUGAUAUUGCUGAGUUUAUUGUAAUGGCUGCUGACACUGAGCCCUUAGAAGUUUUACUUCAUCUCCCUUUGGUUUGUGAAGAUAAGAACGUUCCCUACGUUUUUGUGCCUUCCAAACAAGCACUUGGACGGGCAAGCGGCGUUUCGCGUCCGGUUAUAGCUGUAGCCGUUUUAAGGAAAGAGGGGAGCCAGUUAACUUCUCAAAUCUUACGCAUAAAACUUGAAAUCGAGAAACUACUUUAUUAA